CUCGACUCCUCCAAUUGCUUAUAAAUUGAGGUGAUCCCUUAUUUCAUUAUUUCAAUAAAUUCCACCAACGUCACUCUUUCUCUUCUCCCAAAAGCCUCAACCAAACAUUUUCCCUCCCAAAUCUCUAGAAUAAUAACUUCAAAAAAUCACACUCUUAUCUCCAUAAUUACACUAAACCUACUCUUCUCUCCUCAUUUAACCACAAACCCACUUCUCAAUUUCUCUAAUUCUCUACCCAAUUUUUUUUUUUAUUCAAAGGGAAAAGAAACAGAGUAAGAAAAUGAAAAUGAGUGAUUAUUGGACAACAAUGGCUUCUCUACUUGGCAUGUUAGCCUUUUGUCAAACAAUCGUCCAACUCGUGUUUCCGCCUGAACUCCGACUAGCUUUCCUCCACUUCUUGACACGUAUCCGCCACGUGUUCUCUUCUCACAUCUACUUCGACAUAACGGAGAUUGACGGCGUCAACACCAACGAGCUCUACAACGCCGUUCAGCUUUACCUCAGCUCUUCCGUCACCGUCAACGACGCAGUUUCUAGCAGCAACAACAACACACGUCUCAGCUUGACACGUGUUCCUAACUCAAGCUCCGUUACUUUCGGCCUCUCCAACAACGACAGAAUCACCGACGUAUUUAACGGCGUCACUAUCCUCUGGGAACACGUCGUUGUACAACGUCAAGUACAGAGCUUUUCGUGGAGACCAAUGCCGGAAGAGAAACGAGGGUUUACGUUACAGAUCAACAAAAGAGACAAAGCCCUUGUCCUAGAUUCUUACCUUGAUUACAUUGUCGGAAAAUCAGAGGAGAUUCGUCGGAGAAACGAGGAGAGACUGCUUUACACGAACUCAAGAGGUGUUUCGCUCGACGCGAGGAGCCAUCCAUGGGAUUCUGUAAGAUUCAAGCAUCCAAGCACGUUCGAUACUCUGGCUAUGGAUCCUGAGAAGAAGAAGCGAAUCAUGGAGGAUCUAAGGGAGUUUGCGAACGGACAAGGGUUUUAUCAGAAAACGGGAAGAGCUUGGAAACGAGGUUACUUGUUGUAUGGACCACCUGGAACUGGCAAAUCGAGUUUGAUUGCUGCAAUGGCGAAUUACCUUGGUUACGAUAUUUACGAUCUUGAACUCACUGAGGUUCAGAACAACUCUGAAUUGAGGAAGCUGUUGAUGAAGACUAGCUCUAAGUCUAUCAUUGUCAUCGAAGACAUUGAUUGUUCUAUCAGUUUGACGAAACGAGGAAAGAACAAAAAGAAGAAUGGGAGCUAUGAAUAUGAUCCAGGUUUGACAAACGGGUCGGGUUUGGAGGAACCGGGAAGCUCGGUGACUCUGUCGGGGCUAUUGAACUUCACAGAUGGGCUUUGGUCUUGUUGUGGGAGUGAGAAGAUAUUUGUGUUCACGACAAAUCAUAUAGAGAAGUUAGAUUCUGCUCUGAUGAGAAGUGGGAGGAUGGAUAUGCAUGUUCACAUGGGUUUUUGUAAGUUUCCGGCUUUGAAGAUUCUGUUGAAGAAUUAUCUGAGGCUUGAGGAAGAAGAUAUGGAUAGUGUUGUUUUGAAGGAGAUGGAAGAAUGUGUGGAGGAAGCAGAGAUUACUCCGGCUGAUGUUAGUGAAGUGUUGAUUAGGAAUAGGAGUGAUGCGGAGAAGGCGGUGAGGGAGAUUGUGAGUGUGUUGAAGGAGAGAGUUGUGAAGAGAAGGAAGAGUGUUGGAUUGAAGAAGAAGAAACAGGAAGGUCAAGAAGAAGAAGAAGAAGCAGAGGAAGAACAAGAGAAGAGAGCUUUGGAUAGUCCUAAUAGAAGAAACAGAGAGGUUUGUGGGUUUCGAGAGGAGGAAGAAGAAGAAGAUGAGAAGGAGAAGUGAAUGAUAAGAGACUGUUUAUCCUAGGAUCAUCAUCUAAUGGUGGUUCUUGUGUGUUUUUAAUUAUCCGUUUUGUUUAGUCAAAAUUAUUAUAAUAUAUGAUUAGUUACCAUAUAAUAUAACGUUAUCCAUUUUGGUUUACUCUUAAGUCAAAAGUAGGCACUGUCCAAAGUUAACCUUCUGAGAUUUGCUACAUGAGAGUUGAGACUAAACUGGCUUUUGUAUCUACUAAUGCUGCAGAAAUUGCCACUUUGUUGUUGUAUAUGUUGUCUCAAAUUUUCGUGUCGGUUACGUUUGUUUUGAAGAGAUAAAAGAGAAUUGGCGUUUGG